AUGACGUUCCGCGAACUUGCGGCUCAACAGGACGUCGAUAUAUCGAACAGCACGACCGGGUAUUGCUCGACAUCCAGGCUGCCUAAUGAUUUCAUCAUGACGAGGCCAGCAUCCGUUAAUAGAACUGUCGUUAGACGGCCCGGCGCCUCCAAACCUCCGUAUACUUCUCGUGGCGGUAGAAGUUAUCCAUCGCGGACUCGCAAUCGACAGAGGAGGCACCGUCUAGCACUCGGUGGGAAUACUAGGAGCCAAAAGACAUUAACUCAACUUAACUUCGUCUUGCCCAAAUACUAUCCUGAGGAUGAUGGUAACUCUCAACUUAUCGAGCAAGAGGCUGGGCAAGAUGACGAUGGCGAGGACUAUACCGAAUUACAUCCAGGGAGGACGAAGAAUAGCGGAAAGAAGAGGAAGAGACAACACCAAAGUACCGAAAGACCUAAUAGGACAUUGACGCAGAUGGUUAAUGUCGACUGGUCCCUAGGCCGGGCGGAGGUUGUUGAACCUGGUCAGAAUGAUACCCUGCACGCUCGAAAACGGCGAGGUGCCAAUAUGGAGGUUAUUCAAGAAGAGCCUGAGGGCUGUGUGGGUGAGGAUUAUUCUAAUAAGCCACCAUCAGAUCCUAUCUUUCAGGAGGGCAAGGCCAACUCGGCGGUUGCUCAUGCUGGGACGGAAACCUCAAUACUGAAUAUCGCCGCAAAAACGAAAUCUUUGGCUCACGGCCAAAUGCUACCACCUCCUAAUCCUGUUACACCCCGGAAACGGACGCGCUGGGUAGUCCCUUCAUCACAAUCCCCCGAAAGCCCCGAAGUUACGCUAAAUAGCCCAAGAACCCCGAAAAACGUAAGGAAUAGUCCAAUUCGUUGGCCCUUGGCUUCGCCCACAGCCUUACAAGACCGAGCUAGCCUCACUCCAUCUCCUAAUAAAGGACGUAGGAGAUUCCUACUCCGGUUCGAUGUGAAUGAAUAUGAUUCACAAAUAGUAGUUGAGGAUAACUUUCAAGUCGACGAUGCCGCCGCGGACACGGCUCCAGCAAGCCCGACCUCCGUUCUCUCCUCUCCAAAGCCCGUUACUGAUCCGUCCGUAUCCUUUAAAGAAGAUAUCGAUGCUCGCCUCAGUCUAGCACGUAAGGAGCGGUCGACUCAAAGCUACCAAACACCAGAGCCAAAGCAACAGGAGAAUAUCGUUUAUGAAACAGACGGUGAAUUGGAUCCAGGAUCCUUCGACGACGAAGGUCCGCCACUUCCGGAGAUCAAUUACACGAGUAACACUGGAAAUUCGAUGACGGCAGACGACCAGUGCCCUGUCCAACCUGUCCCUGAGAGUAACGACGGCCAGUCAUCCCAAAAUCUUCCAGCUUCAACGUACAUGUCUGACACGAUGUCCCUGUACUAUACACGGCGGCCGAUGAGUUAUGCCUACGAGAAGUUUCCCACUUCACAAUACCUACCUCUCGAUACGAAAGAUAUACCCGAGUCUGUGCAAGAUACAGAGCCUACAGAGCCUUCCCAUUCUAACCCGUUGCCAACUGUCCACUCCGAUAACCAGACAAUACCAACAGAACCCCUUCAGCCACUACAAGACGAUAUACAAAGCGACAAUUCCCUUCAUCAAGAAGACCCUAAUCCCGAUCCCCCACAAUCCUCGCCUGUCGUUCAGGUAGAAUCAUCCCAACGAUCUGAGAUUGAGGUUGCAGGCUCUCCUGCCCCAGAUGCCGAGAGUGAGCCUCGGAGGAUUAUCACUUGCAGUCAGCUUCUCACUGAAAGCCUGAUGGAGAGCAUACCCGGUCCGCCCGCUUGGCUAUCUACUUCCCAAAAUAACGACCAUAACGACCUUUAUGACAAUGGCCAGGAUCGGCCUCGGAAUAGUUAG